AUAUAUUAGCAUAGUAACAAUAAAUUUUACGCAAUAUAGUCAAUUGGCAAUAAUGAAUGCGCUAUAUGUAUUUACGCUAAUUACUUGCCUAACCUGGACAGGAAUAAAGAGCGAUGGCGAAUGUGGCGACUGGGACCUGUUCGCCGACGAGUACUACAACAUAUGCUACAAAAUCGUACCUGAUCAAUUGGCCGACUACGCUACCGCCCAGGCCGCGUGCCUGGCCAUGGAUGGCGCCUCAUUGCCCACAAUACACACGCAGGCGCAGCAGGACUUUCUGACCAACUUGCUAUUUACCAAGCACAAAAUAACCGAUGGCGUGUGGAUAGACGCUAAAGUUAAGAGCACAAUACUAACCUGGGCAGAUGGCACCACCGAUAAAUUUAACAACUGGGUACAGGGCAGACCUGUAGACGUUACUGAUGUACAGUGCGUGGAGACUGUUAAUGAUAAGGCACCUGAUAAUAUGGGCAAAUGGCUAGAUAGUAGUUGUAGCAAAAAGAACGCGGUCAUUUGCGAGAAGGUUGUUUUAUGGUCGCCUCAGAAAACUCAGCGUAUGAUUGCUGACGAUCGCCGUCUAAUUAAAGCAGGCUUAUUUUAA